UUUUUGUUUUUUUGCGUAAAAGUACCCGUGUGCGCAAUGGAAGAGGACGCGCCGCGCACCGAGCCCAGCAGCAUCUCGGGCAGCACCCACACCAUCCCCCAGCAGCAGCAGCAGCAGCAGGAAAACGCGGAGAUCUUCACCCCCAGCUUCGCCCCGUCCUCCGCCCCGUCCUCCCCGACCCCCAGCGGCACCCUGUCCCGGCUGGGGCUGAAGAGCCCCACCAGCCCCACGGCCGCGGGGGCGGGCGCGCCGGCCAGCCCCGGCGGCCAGGUGAGCGCCAUCACCGUGGUGGCCCUGCUGGACAAGCUGGUCAACAUGCUGGAGGCGGUGCAGGACAACCAGCAGCGCAUGGAGCAGCGGCAGGCCGACCUGGAGGGCGCCGUGCGGGUGGUGCAGGGCGACGUGACCCGCCUGUCCAAGACGCACGUCGGCACCUCCAACAGCGUCAGCAAGCUGCUGGAGCGCUCCCGCAAGGUGAGCGCCCACCUGAAGGACGUCAAGGAGCGCAUGGACAAGCAGGCCGUGCAGGUGAAGAAGCUGGAGGCCAACCACAGCCACCUGCUGAAGAGGAACCAUUUCAAAGUGCUCAUCUUCCAGGAAGACAAUGAGAUUCCCACCAGCGUCUCUGUCAAGGACUCCCUGAAGACUCCUCUACCAAGCCAAUACGAUGCAGAGUCCAUCCAGCCUCCCCCGUCCAUGGCAUGCUCCAUUGAUGGCUCUCGUACCCAAGAGGAGGUUCUCCAGACCAUCAGCCUGUCUUCAGACGAGGAUGAGAGUGUUGCGAUCCCUCAAGAAGAUUACGAGAUUGAGUGUGACUCUGUAGCGGGUCCGUCUCGCGGCUACGAAAGAAGGGCCGACAAAUUCAAGCGCAACAGCCUGAGAAAGGUCGACAGCCUCAAGAAGGCCUUCUCGCGUCAGAGCAUUGAGAAGAAGGUGAACCAGAUCACCACCAAGAUUGUUCCACCUGAGAAGCGUGAGAAGAUCAAGAAGAGCCUCACCCCCAGUCACCCCAAGAGCCCGACGACCAAGUCGUCUUCCUUCAAGGUGUCUCCCAUGACGUUCAAUGUGAAGAAGGUUCGAGAUGGGGAGGCUACCACAGAAGAAACCGUCUCACCUGGGGCAGGUGCCCAUGUGGAGAUUCCUCCCCUGGGAAGUAUAGAUGGCGAAUAUCCUUUGGCAGAGGUGCAUACCAAGGAUGUCCUGGCAGAGGGUCAGGAGAUUUUAAGCCCCUCCACUCCAGAAAGCAUGAAGGCGGAGCUGGCAAUCAAUGGAGAAGCACCAAGCAUCGAGUGCAGCGUCAACGGUGAGCGUUUGGCUGACCUGGCAGUUCCAGAGCAAGAUGAAGAUGUUGGUGAAGAGGAAGAAGAGGAGGAUCAGGCAGCGCAAGAAAAAAGUCCUGUUGACAAAGUAGCAGAGGUCCAGAUCACCAGCGCAACAAUUUCUGUGGAGCAAGUGUCAUAAUCAGAUUUAAAUUUGAACAUCUGCUCCACUUUCCCAUUCACUCCUGCAAUUACCACACAGCCAGAUGGUAGAAAUAUUCCCUCCCUUGUUUUUGUGUCAUUCACACCCAGACACUAACAGAAACAUAUUCUUGACUCCUCAAGAUUUUUUAUGUCUGAACCUCUCUUAAACCACCGUAUUUCAUUAUCUACAACACCCUAAGAGUGUUUCCUAAGCCCACUCGUUCAGCUCAGAAGACAACAUUACAAUAAUUCUUUUCACUCAGCUGGUGUCCAUCCCGUCAGUACGUGGACAUCUCCGGGGCACUGGAGCAACAAUCUCCCUCCUGUUACAUUUGUGUCCCUCUGUCCCCCUCUCCCUCACAGACACAUGGCCUCUCUUGUUCCCUACUGUUUUUGGGGUAAAAUAGUAAAUCUUAAGCAACAGUGGUGCUGCCCAACAGCCGUAGAGGUAGUGCGUUGCCAGGUUGCUUAAAGAGUUGGAAUGGGGAGUUUCUGCAGUUUUAGUGAAAAGAUCCUGGGGUGUUUUUAGUAGUGGACUAGAGGCUGUUUAUUGAUUUUUGGAGGCUCACCCUGCCCCUUGACUAACUUAAGUAGUCUAAGUAGCUCUAGUUUUCUCCUUAUCAAUAUCAAUACUUUUUGGUUCAGUAUUGUAUGAUAGUCCAAAAUUAUGGUAAAAUUGGUUUCUUUCCAUUGUUUUCAUGUUGUUAUCAAAUUAGUUCUUUGCCACAGUAAUUUAGGAUUACCAAUUGGCCUUGUACAUUUAGAGAAACCAGACUCUUGACUCUGAAGCAGGUGGAUGGCCUGGAUGUUAGAAGCUGAGCUUAAAAAAAACAUGCAGGCAAAAUAAGUGAAGCAAGAGAUUGAGCAGGUUUUAAUAGCAAAAUAGUAGAUCAUAACUUUGCAGGGACACUUGAUGUUUAUACAAAAAUGUUCUUUCACUCUCUGAUUCACACUAUUUGUAAGGCGUACGCACCAUAGAAUUAUACAGUCAUUUUAGGAAAACUGCCUUAAGCUUGUGUACUUUCACAGUAAAUGUAACUAUGCAUUUUUUUGGGAGUUACUAUAAUAUUUUUACGUGUGUGUAAGCCCUACUUUCACUUGAUUUAAAAGGUCAUACCACUUUUGGUACGUUAGCUGACUUUACAGAAUAACUGUGUUACCCGGUUUGUCUUGAAUCCAGCUGUUUUGAAUUUCUUUUUGGACUGAGAAGUUUGUUUUUAGCUAGUGAUGACCAAGAGCUUCACUGGUAUGCUUACCUAUUCAGUGAGGAACACAUUUGUUCUCAAUGGAUUGAGCACAACCUCGAUCAUUGGUGUCAAACGCCGUGGUCCCAAACUGGCCUGAAUGAGGCUCCAAUCCACCAAUCAAAUUCUAAAAAUUUCAAGAAAACAUUGUUCUUUUUAACUAUUUUUUUAAGAGUUGCGGACGUAGCAUAACACUGAGACCUAAGCUAUCAGUGAUGCUGCGAUGAAAUAGUUUGGUUUUGUUAAAAUAUAGCCAUAUAAAUCAUGUAUAAUCUGCAUGACAACAAAGAAAAACUUUAAAGUUUAAAUUUAAAGGCACUAUUUUCCCGUUCCAGCCCACUGAACAUGAAAUUAAAAGUGAGAUGUUACAGUUAGGCUGUGGCUAGCUUAUUAGCUUGAAAGUUUUAACAACCACAUCUACAGCGUAACACAAGGACGUCAUCUGAAUGAUACGAAGCAUGCUCUUCUGUUUCAUUUCAAAACAUCUUUGAUAUAAAAAAAAAAAAGAACACAACUUGCUGUACAAUUUAAAGAUUAAGAAAAUAUCCUAGGACCAUCUUAGGGCAAUGACAGUAAAUCAGUUCUGCCUUAGCGCAUGCACAUGUUGAAUGAGUGAUCGCUCUCCUCGGUGGAGAUAGGGUGGUCAUAAAGCAUACCACAAACGUUUCGCUUGAAGAAUUCCUUGCAGCUUUUAAAUCUUUAAGGCGUCAUGAGUGUUUGAGGCAUGAAAAAGCGAGAAAAGUUCAAGUGUUGAAGGACCCGCACGUGCAUCACUCACAACCUACUUUACCCUUUUUUUAAAAGUGGCACCUUCAGGUGUCUGUGAGGCGACCUUCCUCUUGUUGCUCGCACUUGCGAGGUUCGCCAGCGUCACUUGGAGGACGCCCGGAAUCACGACAGCCUAAAAAUAAUUGAGCAGGUGAUACCAGGUGCUCAGGAUUGCACCGGCAGAGAGGUCACAGAUGUGGAUAAAGGCAGAGGACAGCAUUCCUGGGUUUGACGGAUGACUUCUCUCCAGCCCAUUUUUCAUGCUCCUGGCCUCCUUGUUGAGGCGUUGCAGAGAGAUGGCGAGCCACAGGUGUCGAGGCUCCCGGGCAUGAGCGCAGAGCGGAGGGGGGACGACUGUGUCUUUGGAGCAGUGUUGGCAAGGAUUUCAGGUGUCGGGAAAAGGAUGAUGAUAAAGUUGUCUUAGAUUUAGGCAUGUCCAAAGUAGAUUACGUUGGGAGGAUGCAUGCCGCUAGCUGACUGCACUGGUUCCGAAAAACAUCACGCUGCCUCUGAGAAGAAGUGAUAGUCAAGUUGUUUUUCGAAGAUGAAAUAUAGUGCCUCAAACACACUAAACUAUGCAAGAAAAUGGAUUUAUUAAAUGUCUCUAUGCAUUCCUUUACAUAAAAAUAACACCUGAGCCUAUAAGAGUUAUUUCCUGAGUGUGAGUGGUUACACAUUUAUCACAUUUAUCAAGUAACUGACCUUAUUAAUCACAUGAAAGCUCAGAGAUAGCGGCCAUUCAAAAUAUGAUCUUGGCUCCGUUUCUGACUCUACCAUGCUUAAAAAAAAUUUUAUUGAGUGAUACAUUACUAUGCAAGAAAAUGUAUAAUUUUAUUUUAUUUUUUAAUUUACUUUUAUUUGUGGGAAAAAAAAUAACAUGGGAAUUGAAUAACAAUGUAAUAUAUCUGGAAGGCUGUAUGGAUAUGAUCGAAUUUAUGGGAAACUUGGCCAAUUUAGAUCAAUAUUCUGUGUUUAUGAGAGAAUUCAUAUAUCAGAAUAUGUAUCCACUUUAAAGAAAUGGUGAAGCUUCUUAAAAUAAGCAAACAUUGAAAUAAUCCUUUUCAGAUUUCUUCCGGCUCGUUUACAACACUAACAAAUGCGUGAAGAGGAAAUUUAGAAGCUGUCGAUUAUUUUAUUGCAAAUGAUAGAUUCAAAAAAGUACUGAAGGAUUAGUUUGGAUUAUUUUAAGCGAGUGAGGUGCUUAUUGAUGGUGAAUGUAUUGUGCAGUAUAUGGAAGAUCAGCAUGCAGGUAUCACAGGCUAACCCAGUCACUGACAUGGACAGAGCAAGAAACAAAGCAAAAGCCAGAUAAGAGUCACAACAGUACACUGUGUUUGGAAUAUUAUCAGCAGUUUACAAAGCAGUUUUUUGCUGCUCUUCAUUUUACUGUGCAACAUGCAUGUGUACUGUUGUGUCCACACAAUGGUGAAAGUAAACUAAAUGCCAGACCAACAACAAGCAAGUUCUGCAUGCUGAAAAUUAUGUGAAAAUGUGUCAUAUAAAGGCAUGUUUAAUCAUCUGGAAGAACAGAGGUAAAGUGAUGCAAAUUUAGCUUCAAUGCUUAUUUGUGGUACCUUUACAUCUAAAUGGUUUAAAGGGUUAUGUUCAUGCUAAACUUUUCCGUUUUCACUUUAACAGUGCAUUGUUCAGUGAUUGUACAGCCGCCUGCUUCUCUCAGCUAAAAACAAGCCAACCUCUGAUCUACUGCUGAUAAAAUUUCACCGUCAAUAAGUACUGCGUCAAACUCUCAAUCAAAAGACAGAAUCCUUCUCCUUGAUGUGUAAUUAGUUACAGUAUUUGGCAAAGUGCUCUUAUGUGUUACAAACAUAACUUUUCUUAAUGGGAUCUGACAUAUGUGACUUGUAUAGACUACUUCUUACCUGUCUCUAAAAUGUGCUUAACCAUUGUGAGGACUUUUUUUUUUUCCAUUUUAAAUCUUUGUAUAGAUCAUCUGAUUGAGAGAGAAGUGACCACUGAGCUUUUGAGUCUGAGUUACUUCCUGCUUCUUCUUGCAAAUGUGUUGGUUGUACAUAUUUCUGUCAGCCAAUCAUGAGAAAUAAAUAUAUACACGUGUGUUUGUGCAAAAGUCUUUGUUGAACGAUGUUUAGCUUCAUGUGUGUUUUUAUUUUUUGGCCUGUCAAAUUUAGCUCGCCACAGGAGCCAAAGAAAUUUCCUCGACAGCUGAAGAUUUCCUGCCUCUUGACUCUUUAAAUAUUCUCUUAAUGAUGUAUCCUGUAACCAUGCAACUGUUUCUUUUUCACCUUUAGUACUGCAUACAUCAAUAAAGAUUUUAUAACACAA